AUGCGUACAGCCGUAGUACUGCUGGUGGCGUGUGUCACCCUUGCUGCGGCCCAAUUCAACACCCACCAGUGGGCCGAUCGCAGCGGCAUCGUACACCUGUUCGAGUGGCAAUGGGAUGACAUCGCGAAUGAGUGCGAGAACUUCCUGGCACCCCGCGGAUACGCCGGCGUGCAAGUGUCUCCACCGACAGAGAAUGCCGUCAUCGGAGGAAACUUCCGGCGACCGUGGUGGGAACGUUACCAACCGAUGUCCUACCGUCUAGAGACACGUUCCGGUUCGGAAGCGCAAUUCGCCAGCAUGGUGCGUCGGUGUAACGACGUCGGAGUACGGAUCUACGUGGAUCUGGUCAUCAACCACAUGGCUGACUUGGUUGGAGGCGGUGGAACUGCUGGUAGUACAGCCGAUCGGACGGCUUUCUCGUUCCCGGGUGUUCCCUUCAGUGUGACGGACUUUAACCCACCGUGCUUGAUCACCAACUACAACGACCCCAUCAUGGUGCGUAACUGCCAGCUCGUCAGCUUGCCGGACUUGAACCAAGGAAUUCCGUGGGUACGCGACAAGAUCGUCGAGAUGAUGAACCACCUGAUCGGGCUGGGAGUGGCCGGAUUCCGUGUGGACGCCGUCAAACACAUGUGGCCCGGAGACCUGCAGAUCAUCUACAACCGCAUGGACAAUCUGCCCACCUCGCACGGUUUUUCCGCGAAUUCGCGGCCUUUCCUGACGCAGGAAGUCAUCGACCUGGGUGGUGAGGCUGUGACCCGUGAGGAGUACACGCAUCUAGGGACGAUCACGGAGUUCCGGCAUUCGGCUGAAAUUGGACGCGUUUUCCGUGGUAGGAAUCCUUUCCGGCACCUAACCAAUUGGGGAACAGGAUGGGGCUUUCUGCCGUCCCAUUUGGCGCUCGUGUUCGUCGACAAUCACGAUAACCAGCGCGGACACGGUGGUGGAGGCUCAGAUGUGCUCACCUACAAGGUCCCCAGGAACUACAAAAUGGCUACCGCCUUCAUGCUGGCACAUCCGUUUGGAAUCCCGCGUGUGAUGAGCUCGUUCUCGUUCGCUGACACGGAGCAAGGUCCUCCGCAGGACGCUAAUGGCAACCUGGUCUCGCCGACCUUUAACCCGGACAACUCUUGCGGCCCUGGCUGGGUUUGUGAACAUCGAUGGCGUCAGAUCUACAAUAUGAUCGGCUUCCGAAACGCCGUCGCCGGAACCCAGAUCAACGAUUGGUGGGAUAAUGGCAACUACCAGAUGGCGUUCUGCCGCGGUGGUCGCGGUUUCAUCGCCUUCAACUUGGAGUCGUUCGAUCUAAACCAGAAUCUGCAGACUUGUCUGCCGGCUGGGACGUACUGUGAUGUGAUUUCGGGUGAUCUUGUGAAUGGAGCCUGCACCGGAAACUCGAUCACGGUCGGUGCGGAUGGACGUGCUCAGAUCGUGUUGCCUGCGAACGCCUACGAUGGUGUUCUGGCCAUCCACGCUAACUCGCGAGUGUGA